AUGUGGUUGAAACUGCGACGAGACUAUGACAGCCUCCCUCAGUCAGAAGGAAUGGGAGGAGAGAUUAAUUCUCAAUCGGCAAGGAGCUUCAACCACCUAUUCUCGCGAUCAACUGUUGCGCUAGGGUUCACCAACGUUAUCACGCUUGUUGCUCUCUUUCUUGUCAUUAAUGCUACACAUUCAAAGGAUGAAAUAGCAGAGCUGUGUACACGGGAGUUUUCGACAAUAUCGCCCGCUUUUGAGGCCGUCAAGUACAAAGCGCCAGAUCAUUACAAUGCCGAGUUCAGGCAGACGAACAAAUGGCGCGGCCCUCCUGGAACACAUUCCAACGAGGUCGACAUUGCAUGGCACGAGAUCGAGUUAGGGGCGGGUGGCAUUCGGGUCACCAAGGAAGAAGUCAAGUUACUCAAUAUGACUGACUCGCCUGAGAUGCCAUUCCAUGAAAUCCCCGAAGAACAAGGCGGCGGGUACUUGGCUAUGCUGGAGGUUUUCCAUCUGCUUCAUUGUCUGAACUCUUUGAGAAUGGGACUGUUCUACAACUACGAUCAUUACAAGUUCUUGGACGAGGGCGUCCCUGAUGAAAACAUAUAUUCCCACUUUGAUCACUGCAUAGACAUGCUAAGGAUGAACCUGCAAUGCCAAGCAGAUGUUACCCCGGCUCUCUUUGUGGACCCCCUCGACAACCCUCUGCGGCGCGAUGCUUUACCCAGCUGGUCUUCUAUGCACACAUGCAGAGACUUUGAUGCGAUUCUGGACUGGAACAAGAAUGGCCCAAGAUCCGUGCGUUGGCGUGACGCUGGUGCCAACCCAUCAUGGGACCCCACUCUCGAGGGGGCUGAAGAGCCUUUUCCACCGGAAGCAGUUGACGAGGGUCAUCAUCACUGA